AGAGCCCACAGGACGGACCCAGACCUCCAACACCCCAGGACUGAGACUGAAGCAGACCUCAGAAUCCUCUGAGCGUACGUACGGUCGGCAGGCCGCUGUGACUCCUGGUCAGCGCCAUGGUCAGGGGCGGGAUGCUGCUCCUCAGCGCCUCCUGCUGGCUGCUGGUGGUUUUAGGGAGCAGUAAGAAGAUGGAGGGGAGAUCAGUGGAGGACGCCAUCGAGACUCCGGAGGAGAAAGAGCUGGUGAGUAGAUGCAGCAUCUAUGAUUUCUAGUUCUGCGUUGAAAGGACAACUGGACUUAGUGAUUUCCACUAAAUCUGAAACGUACCAUCUGAAUAUAGACUUUAUAGAGUCAAGGAAGUUUGGAUGAUAUUCUGGGGUAAAUCUAUUUGAUCUAGAAUAGUUUUAAUAUUUAACCUGUAAAAAUUAAAUAAAAAUCAGUAAGCUGUUUUUUUGGUCGCUACCUCAGAUGUGACGCAGCUUCUUCAGACAGUUUUCUGUAACCAAACAAUAAUUUAUACAUCAAUUAUCAAAUAUUUGAAAGACCAUUUCAGUUGUUUAGCCGACUGUAUUUCUGUUCAUGCCAUUGCAUUAGUGUUCUUACAAGAUUUUUGGUUAUUAUAUUCAACAGAAAAAUAUCACGUUCACCAUCGCCACUGAAAUAAAUCUGUUGAAAUGUUUUUUAAUUUAUUAUUUUGCAUGGAUGUCUGCUUAUGACAAAACAAAUUUUUACAUUUAUGUUGUGAUGUGAAAGUUUGUGUAAAUUACCCAAAAUUUCCAGAUAACUUCCGUAAAUUCCCAGUAAAAAUUUGAAUAUUUCCAGGAUUCCCAACAGUUUAACUUCCCAUGAAAAGUUUCUGGAUCUUUACUGGGAAUUUUCUGCCCCUUUACAACCCGAGAUAUGAUGUUCUUUAAAAAUAUAAAAAAGAUCACCUCUGAUUAAAAAGUGAGUUUUUUUUUCAUUCAAAUUGCAAAAAAAUCAUUUACAAAAUUAAAAAGUUUUUUUCACAAAACAAAGAACUUUUGUAUAAAAAAAAAAAUAUAUAUGUAUUUUUUAAACUAUUUUUUUAAUUUGCCAAACGGAAAAGUUUUGUAAAAUAAAAAGAUUUUUUUUUUUUCAUUUACAAAACAAAGAAGUUUUGUGAAAAAUAUAAAUAUAUUUUUUUAAUUUACCUAACAGAAAAGUUUUUUUUCCCCAUCAGUUUAACUUUCCAUGAAAAGUUUCUGGAUCUUUAUUUUCCGCCCCUCUACAACCCUCGGUGUGAUGUUCUUUAGACGAUGAAAUCCACUCAAACUGUUGGACUGUUCGCUCACGCGGUCUCUCACAGAGCGGUGAACCUCUCCGUUUGUGUUUUCUGUGGUCAGAUCGAGGCGCUGCAGGAAGUUCUGGAGAAGUUAAAGAGUAAAGAUCUGCCGCCGCUGGAGAAGAAACUGGGUUUACUUCCGUCUGUAAGAACCAUCAGAUGAUCUUCUCUUAUUGGGUCACUUCAGCUUUGGUCCAGUCUGUUCAGACGUGUGUGUGUGUGUGUGUGUGUGUGUGUGUGUGUGUGUGUGUGUGUGUGUGUGUCAGUGUGAUGCAGGGGAGCAGUGUGCGGUCCGUAAAGGAUCCAGGUACGGGAAGUUGUGUGGAUGUCCUGGAGGAACCCUCUGCAGCUUCAGCUCCCUGAAAUGUCUGUAGACUCCAUGAACUUAAUAAAGGGAUGGUUUUCAAAAGUCCACU